AGAAACAGAGCAACGAAGCAAACAAGAGAGUGAAAUACGAAGAAGCAGAAAAUACAAACUCAAAAUUUUUUCUCUCUCUAUUUUCCAUACCUUCUCUUCAACUCCUCCUUUCAGCUAUGCUUUCUUUUAGCCCACUCUCAUGUGUUUGCUCCUUAUCUCUCUUUUCACCAAUAUCACAGUUUUUCACUUAUGGGACUUCGCAAUCUCUUCUCCAUUUUCUCCACGAAUAGCCACUCCCAUGAAAACAAUAUCCUCCCUUCUUACAGUCCCAUUCGGGACAAUCUCCUCAAGAGACCUGAAAACUCCCACAGUGAUGGGUUCCCAAAAUCUGUUGUUAAAUACUUGCGCAGCCUUAUGUCAGGAAAGAAAGUUGACGGAGGGUCAAGGACGGACGAAGAAGAGAAAGUUUAUUCUUGGCUAUAUGCAUUGGCUCAAUCGGAUAAAGAUUUGGUUUAUGAAUAUGUUCAGUCCACAGAAAGGGGAUUGAGCUUCACUGAAGCAGAAAGAAGACUGAAAGAAAAUGGGCCAAAUGUUCCUCUUGAAUAUUCAUUUCCAAGCUGGUGGCAUCUUCUUUGGACUGCCUUUUUCCAUCCUUUCAAUAUCAUUUUGAUUGUGCUAUCAACUCUAUCAUACAUAACCAGUGACAAUCCAAAUGGAUACAUCUUGCUCAUACUGGUUUUAAUCAGUGUCUGCCUCAGAUUCUACCAGGAAUACAUUAGUUCAAAAGCUGCCAUGAAACUCUAUGAGUUUGUUAAGUGUCCAGUGAAAGUUCAAAGAUGUGCUGGUAGAGUUCUUCAGACAGAGUUACUAGUUCAAGUUGAUCAAAGAGAUAUUGUUCCAGGAGACAUUGUCAUUUUCGAGCCAGGGGACCUGUUUCCUGGAGAUGUGAGAUUAUUAUCAUCGAAGCAUCUUGUUGUAAGUCAGUCCUCAUUAACAGGCGAGUCUUGGACAACUGAAAAAAUGGCUGAUACUAAAGAAAAUCAGAGCACUCCUUUGCUAGAGUUGAAGAAUAUAUGCUUCAUGGGAACAAAUGUGGUAUCAGGUAGUGGGACUGGUCUCGUUAUUUCCACUGGAUCCAAGACUUACAUGAGCACAAUGUUUUCAACAAUAGGGAAACAGAAACCACCAGAUGGCUUCGAGAAUGGCAUCCGGCAUAUAUCCUAUGUGCUCAUUGGUGUUAUGCUAAUUGUAAUGACAAUAAUAAUUAUGGCUUAUUACCUGAAAUCUCAUGAUUUGAGUGAGAGCAUUCUUUUUGGACUCUCAGUGGCAUGUGCACUUACUCCUAAUAUGCUUCCCCUUAUUGUUAACACAAGUCUUGCAAAAGGAGCAGUUGCCAUGGCCCAGGACAGAUGCAUUGUCAAAAGCUUAGCUGCUAUACGUGAUAUGGGAUCCAUGGAUAUCCUAUGCAUGGACAAGACUGGUACACUCACCAUGAACCGUGCAAUUGUGGUUAAUCAUCUUGACAGUUGGGGCUCACCAAAUGAAGAAGUUUUACGCUUUGCUUUCCUUAACUCAUACUUCAAGACUGAUCAAAAGUAUCCUCUAGAUGAUGCAAUUUUGGCAUUUGUGUACACAAAUGGAUACAGAUUCAAACCAUCCAAGUAUAGAAAAAUAGAUGAGAUCCCUUUUGAUUUUAUACGAAGACGAGUAUCAGUUAUUUUGGAAACUGGAUACAAUGCAGAAGGCAGAAAUCUCCAAGCUCUUGAGAGGAUCAUGGUAACCAAGGGAGCAUUGGAAGAAAUAAUGAAAGCUUGUUCUUUCAUUGACCAUGUUGUUAGGGGCACCAUGACCACUUUCUCUUCAGAAGACUAUCGUAGGAUUCUAAAUAUGGGAGAAGAAUUCGGCAACCAGGGGUUGAGGAUUAUAGGAGUUGCAAUGAAAAGGCUAGAAAUGGAAAGAAGUGAUCCUAGCAAUAUAGUUGAUGAGUUCAUUGAAUCAGACAUGGUCUUCCUUGGUGUAAUUACAUUCUUUGACCCACCAAAGGACUCAGCAAAGCAAGCUUUGUGGAGGCUGGCUGAGAAGGGAGUCAAAGCAAAAGUAUUAACAGGCGACUCACUAUCUCUGGCAGUAAGAAUAUGUGAAGAACUUGGCAUUAGAACCACCAAUGUAACAACAGGACCAGACCUUGAGCAACUCAAUCAGGAUGACUUUCAUGAGACUGUUAAAAGAGCAACAGUACUUGCUCGGCUCACCCCAACACAGAAACUCCGUGUGGUGCAAUCCUUGCAAACAGUUGGCGACCAUGUAGUUGGAUUCCUGGGAGAUGGGAUUAAUGACUCGCUUGCCAUAGAUGCUGCCAAUGUAGGUAUCUCUGUUGACUCAGGAGCUUCAGUUGCAAAAGACUAUGCUGACAUCAUCUUACUAGAGAAAGAUCUUAAUGUUCUUGUUGAUGGAGUUGAACAUGGCCGUCUUACUUUUGGUAACACCAUGAAGUACAUUAAAAUGUCAGUUGUUGCCAAUGUAGGGGGUGUUCUUUCACUCCUCAUUGCAACUCUGAUGCUAGGAUUUGAGCCAGUGACUCCAAGGCAGCUCCUUACUCAAACCUUUUUGUAUAGUGUUGGUCAAAUCGCAAUUCCAUGGGACAAGUUGGAGGAUGAUUAUGUGAAAAUCCCGCAGAAAUGGUCUGAGAAAGGCUUACCCAUGUUCAUAUUAUGGAAUGGUCCACUGUGUACUAUAUGUGAUAUAGCAAACCUUCUAUUCCUAUGCUUCUAUUAUGCGAACAACAAUGGAUCUUAUGACAAAUUCUUCCAUUCUGCAUGGUUCAUUGAAGGGCUUUUGAUGCAAACUCUAAUUUUCCACUUAAUCCGGACAGAGAAAAUCCCUUUCAUUCAGGAGAUUGCCUCAUGGCCAGUGCUCUGUUCAACAGUUGUUAUUUCUGCCAUGGGAAUUGCAAUUCCAUUCACAGUAGUUGGAGAAGUCAUGGGAUUCACUGAUCUCUGAAAUAGGGAUCAAGCUCUUAUGAAAAGUGUGCUGGUGAUCAACUUGGAAGUGAAAGAUAACCACGAGAAGGAAGCACUGGAGUUCGACUUGCUUUAGAUCUGUGCCAAGAGGUGAGAUUGCUUGCCUCAUACUGGUAAUAUCUGUUGCCACAAAUUUUUAUUAUUUUAUAAAAAGAACUGCAAAUGUUUAUUUUUAUUAUUUUGAUCUGUUGCCAUCUUAUAGAUUUUGGAUUUAUAAUUUGUAUUUACAGAUUGAAGCAGCUGAAUUCUAUUGCUGAGAUUAUAGUCCCAAUUGAGACAAAGCACAGACGGAAGCUUUUAUAUAGCAAUCUCCUUCUAUUGAAGAUAACACUUUUAGUCUAUGAUUAACAGCCUCCUUCUUCUUCUUCUUAUUAUUAUUAUUAUGUAAAGUUGUACAAUGUUGUUCUAACAUAAUUUGAAGAAUUUUAUUUCAUUCUUUGUAUUGGGGUUAUUGAGGUCGAUUACAGGAAUCAGUCUCUGGAAAUUUGUAGAUUGUACGGCUAUAUUUUACUAACCAUUAUAAAUUUGUAGUGUAUCAUCA